GGUGCGCGUUGCAUUAUGGGACAAAAAUAAAGUGCAAAAUAUCCACACAGCGGGGACAAAGGAGCAAGACACAGUGGAUGGGACUGUACAGUAAACUUUCAAACUAUUUGUAGCGCUAUUAAAUAUAACAUUAAACUAGUAAGUCGUUCGACAAAACGGUGUUGGAUGCUGGUGUUUCCUAGUCGCUACAAUUGACAGAGAAUGGGACUUUCAUUUGGCGCGGUGAGCAGCCUUACCAGCUAAACCUGUGUGCUUCACGCCCAACCGUGGUGUGUUUACCCGGGUCAUACUCUGUCUACAAACCUGAGGCUUUCAGUUAAACGACAGGCCGGAUCACUCCUCUUUCUCUUGUGCAAGAACCCCUUGCCUCUGUCAGUUGAGCGAAAGGCGACAGACGGAGGCGUUGACUGGCGCGGUUUGCGUCCGCAGGUAAACCCGGGCUGCCUUCCGGAGCGGGCGGCGAGAUGGGCGUAAAGACCUUCACGCACAGCUCGCCCACGCACAGCCAGGAGGUGCUGGAGAAGCUGAACACGCUGCGGGGCGAGGGCCAGCUGUGCGACGUGACGCUGCGCGUGCAGGGCCAGCUGUUCACCGCGCACCGGGCGGUGCUGGCCUGCUGCAGCGACUUCUUCCGCUCCCAGCUGCUGAGCCGGCCCGAGGAGCGCCACCACGUGCUGGACCUGCACCACGUGACGGUGAGCGGCUUCACCCCGCUGCUGGAGUACGCCUACACCUCCACCCUGUCCAUCAACACCGACAACAUCAUCGACGUGCUGGCCGCCGCCAGCUACAUGCAGAUGUUCGCCGUGGCCAGCACCUGCUCCGAGUUCAUGAAGUCCAGCAUCCUGUGGAACGGCGGGGGAGGGGGCGGGGCCGGGGGGCAGGAGAAGCCGCGGGACUCCGCCCCCGGGGCGGCGCCCGCCUGCACGCUGACCCCGCUGGACGGCUCCAGCCUGUCGCCCGUGUCGUCCGAGUGCAGCGUGCUGGAGAGGGCCGCGCCCGCCCGCCACGGGUCCCGCCGCAAGCGCAAGGCCUUCGCCGUCGCGUCCCCCCCGAGCCCGCUCAAGUCCCCGCCCGCGGCCAACCCCUCCCCUUCCUUCCCCGAGGGCGGGGCCCAGGCGGCCGACUCCUCGCUGGCCUUCCCGUGGACCUUCCCCUUCGGCCUGGACCGCCGCUUCCACUCGGACAAGGCCAAGCUGGAUGAGAGCCCGCGCGGCCCAGUGCAGGCCCGCCCGCCCGCCGCCGCCCGCCGCCUGGCCGACUACCUCGCCUGCGACGGCUCCAAGGAAGAGGAGGAGGAGGAAGAGGAGGAGGACCUGCACGUGAAGGUGGAGCGCCUGAGCGACGAGGAGACGCAGGAGGAGGCGUCUCAGCCCAUCAGCGCCUCCCACAGCUCCCUGAGCGACCAGCAGACGGUCCCCGGGAGCGAGCAGGCCCAGGAGGACCUCCUGAUCAGCCCGCAGUCCUCCUCCAUCGGGUCUGUGGAUGAGGGGGUCGCAGAAGGGCUGCCUUCCAUGCAGGGUACGUCCCACACGGGCGCCCACGCUGAAGAUGACGAAAGGUUGGAAAGCGUUCAGUACCCGUACCACCUGUACAUAAGCCCCUCGAGCAGACCGGGUCCCAACGGGCCCGACCGGCCCUUUCAGUGCCCCACCUGCGGGGUGCGAUUCACCCGCAUUCAGAACCUCAAGCAGCACAUGCUCAUCCACUCAGGCAUUAAGCCCUUCCAGUGUGAUCGCUGUGGGAAAAAGUUCACCAGGGCGUACUCCCUAAAGAUGCACCGUCUGAAGCACGAAGGUAAACGCUGUUUCCGGUGCCAGAUCUGUAGCGCCACUUUCACCUCCUUCGGUGAAUAUAAGCACCACAUGAGGGUGUCCCGCCACAUUAUCCGCAAGCCGCGGGUGUACGAGUGCAAAACGUGCGGCGCCAUGUUCACCAACUCCGGCAAUUUAAUCGUACACCUGAGGAGUCUGAACCACGAGGCGUCAGAGCUAGCAAACUACUUCCAGAGCAGCGAUUUCCUCUUGCCCGACUACCUGAGCCAGGUGCAGGAGGAGGCUCUGGGGCAGUACGAGCUGGCGGAUCAGAGCUUUGACAGUGGCUCCUCCAUCCACAUGCCCGUCAUCUCCCAGGUCUCCUCCACCCAGAACUGUGAGAGCACCUUCCUGCUGGGCCCCCUGACCGACCGCGAGGAGGAGGAGGACGAGGAGGAAGAGGAGGCGGGGGCGGGCGGAGCGGGGGGGUUGGUGCCGGACGAGCACAAGGCCUUUGGCGGGUCCCCGGACGCUUUGGAGGAGGAUAAUUCCCCGAACAAGGAACUGUCUUCCAUUAUAAUCGAGUAGACUCCCGCCUUCCGCCCCUGCACCCCGCCCGCCCCCCCCUUACUGGAAAGUGCCUGAAUUCCCUUCCGUGAUUUUCACAAGCAUCAAGACCACGAGACGUCAAAACCUGACGGCUUUCCAGUUCAAAAGCUAACGGACUCUGAGCAACAAAACCUUUCUUUUCCUUUGUGCUGAACUUAACUACAUUUGUAUUUUAUAUGACUAACAAAAACGUGCUUAUAUUUUAUUUUAAAGUGCUGUGGUUUUGAAAACAGUUCAUGUUACUUUUACUAGAAAACGAUCUCGUUGUGACAGCUUGUAGUCUGGGCUUAUUCGAGUACGCGCUUGGAUGUUCUGAUGUUCGAUGUGAGUUUUUUGUGUGCGUGAGUAUGUGUGUCUACGCUCGCGCGUGUGUUUUUCCCUGUAAAUCUGAAUCACACUGCUUGAAGUAUAUAUCGAUAUAAAACAUUUAUUUGUAAUGUUACACUUAAAACGGCCUUGUCUUUAUACGGUAGGGAAACACAAACGUACUGAUUGCAUUAGAGCCUGGGCAGUGCUCGGUCUUAUUGAGGUUUUGCUGGAGUUUGGCCUGUGCCCUGUGCUGUCGGUGGAUGGUGGUCAGCGGUGUGCUGUAGCGUGGGGAUGUUGGCGAGCGGUGAGCAGCUGACGCUGAAGCGAGCGCGGUCGUAUGUGGAGCCAGUGGCCGGGCAGUACACAGAGUCCUGCAGUUGCGCAUGCGGCUGCGCUUAGGAGUGCUGUGUAAUGGCGGCCUCCGCUUUAAAAAUGGAGCCCAUGCAGCCAGAGGCCUGAGGCUCUUGGGCACAGGCACCUGCUGAAGUGUGUUUUUAUGGGGAGCUCUCCUGGGACAGAGAGGAAUGAGCACGGGCAAUUUGGGGAGAAUUGUGCCCUGUACUGAAAUGUCUUUUAUUGCCUGUGCGAAUAAUGAAACUCUCCAGUGUAUUACACGGUGUGACUAUCAUGUGUUCGGCACCUUCUGAGGGGAGGGGUUGCCUGUGGCUCUCAGCCAAUAGCACUCAGACAGGGUAUUUGAAUCAGCCUGCAGUCAAAAUAGCAAUAGUGGCGUAUAUAGUUUUGAUAUGUGGCACAGAAAUGGACCAAAAAGUGUGAAAUGGGCAAGCAGAUAUGCAUAACCCCGCCCCGUGUAUUUUAGGCUCACCUUCUGCGGUUUGCAGCGCAGUGGUGUUGGUGAUGUGCAGUGAUUCCAGUGAUGUCAAUUAACUGCAGCCCAGGACAUGGGUGCUGCUUCACCACCACACAUGAAAUUCUGGUGGGUAUUUUAGGGGUGUAGCUUUGGUGUUAUAGCUCAGACAUGCCCUGUUUAACAGGAAGUAGUUUAUAUGAACUCUGGGAGGAUGAGUCCUGUACCUCGGUGUAUAUGAUGGGUUGUACCAUAGUAGCAGGACCUCACAUGGUGUGUGAAAGCGGUGCAUUUGCUUUUCUGCCUCAAGGUAACCUACACAGUUCACCAUUGAUGAGUGCACUGCAUCUACUGGAUAUUGCUCUUCAGACCGACGUUGAAAAUAACGUUUAAAAAAAGAAAGAAAAAAAAUUCUGUUGAGGAGAAAUUUCCCGCUCAAGGCCAUGAUUUGUAUCAUUUGGAUAAGCCAAAGAAAUUAAUUUUGGGCAGAAAAAAAUGUUUCCUUAAGACACCCUGGAUCCAUCCACCGCCUGGAACGUAUAAUUCUGUUUACAGAGAGGAAAAUACAAUCAUGGCUAAUGGUCCCUGUGGCCUGAGGGAAAAAGAUCAUUUUAUCUGUAUUGAGGAUUGAUUUGGGAGAUGUGAACCAGAGGCCUUAAGCACAAGUCCUUCAGGCAGUUUUCACAGAAGGAAAUUUCUAGGAACAUUACAGUAUGAUUACGUUUCUCAUUUUGGUUAAAGAUUUAUGAACAAUCCUUCCCAGUAUAUAUAUUAAACAUAUCAGCCAGGUCCACAUACAGCACUCUUUACAUCAUAUGUAUAGAGCUGUGUUUUUAAAAACAUUCUAAAAUGAGCAGAGUUUAGCCUAAUUAUAUUUGUUGACUUAAUAGAAUGUGAAUAAACUUGAAGUGCUGUCCUGGCCAUAACUUUCUGAUACCUGCAGGCGUUUAGAUGAUACUGGGAUAAUUCAGAGUGGAUUCAUACUAUGUUGGUUUAAAAGGAUGUUAAAGCCGACAGAAAUAUCAGUAUAUAUUGAAAUGGGUCAGAAAUUGCCUGCUGGAGACUACAUGGGGCACAGAGACCUCCAUGUCCUGUGACUCAGACCCCAUCCCAGUCCGCAUCCAUCUCAUAAUGCAGAACUAAUGCAUAAUCAAUGAAUUACAAGUGCGGUGUGUUUCCUGUAGUGGUAUGGGACUGCACAUAAAGUAUAAGUGAAACAAUCUAUCAAUAUAACUGUACACAGAUAUAUGCAUGUUUGUAUAUGUGAUGCAUACAUAUAUGAAUUAUUAUAUAAGUAUGUGUUUACUGGUGUGGCGUGGUAUUAUAAUUAUUAUUGUAUUAUUAUUUUAUAGGCUAUAACAUAUAAAUGCUGCUGUGUGGUAAUACUUAAGAGAACAGUGUCAAAGUGCCCAGAACAUUUCAGUGGACUUUCUGUGUGCAAUAAAUAAAGUUAGGGGGUCCCUUACCGACUGUUCCUGAAUUGUGAUAAAGAAUGUACUGUGAAAUACUAUAAUAUAUAUGACUGAAAGUGAGAAUAGGAAAAUUGCUGCAAAUUCACUCAUCCUGUGAAAUUUAUCACUUCCUGUACAAAAAACAAAACAAAAUCUUUGUUUACUGUCAAGUUUUCUUGAGUGGUGAAUCGCGCUUUGGGUUCGUGUUUCCGUGCUUCCGAGCGCAUGUGCUUUCCUUGUAAGUAACAGGCGUUCUUGGAUGAGACUAUGUCCUUGAGCCUGCAAACACAUGCCUGUUUACCCAAUGUGUCUGACUUUUUCCACAGUGAAUUAGCCUGAGGGCUUUGGUAUUUCCAUGGGUUUUGUAAGAUGUUUGCUUCUGGUGUGUGCAAUGGUUUUACAUAUUUGUUCUGAAGAUGGUACAUUAUCAGGUUUUUAUAUCUAUGAUGCAUAUUUUUUCUGGUCUGUAGUGUUUAUGAAUAAGGAAAAGAAGAAAAAACCCAACUAUCACCAUAUAUUUUUUUGAUCUUUUGUAUUUCAAUUUGUUGUUUGAAUAUGUAUUUUAUGGACAUUUUUGUUCUCAAUGUGAAUGGCAGAGAAAUAAUCAAAUGUCUGAGCCUUAUUCAGUGAUAACUUUUCUGUCUGUAGUAUAUAUAUAUAUAUGGUAUUGUGUAGAGUUUCUUGAAGUUAUAACCUAGUUUGCAUUGUGUUGCUUUUGAUAUUUAAAUCAGUAGUUUACUCAUAGAUUUUUAUAUUUAAAAAAUAUAUAAAGUAUUGCAGUUCACACAUUAUUUGUGAAUGAAAGCUUGUGAGCAAAUAUUCAUUCUGGACAAGUGUGCUGAACUAGAUUUGUUUUAGAGCAUUUUUUAACUGAUCAUUCAGAAAAUAAGUAUAUUUUUGGUUUUCUCUGUUGGAUGCUUUUAAAGCUUGGCCAGCCAUUGUGUUUUGGAAAUUGCAAGUUAAAAAGGGGGCAUUUCGUACAAAGAAAAAAUGUAAAUAAAAUGAUACAUUGAA